AUGGCGAUGGUCGUCCAGACCCCUCCGUACUGUGGCUGGCGACGGGAGGCAUGCAUGUCAGUCAAGCAUGGUGACAUUGGGGCCGUUAUACGAGAGUUAAGAGAGUGGUGCGGAGGAUAUCCGUACCUGAUCGGUGGCCUAGGUCGGCGAUCAAUUUCUGGAAUGAAAAAUAUAACCUUCUGGUGUACAUCAGAGGAGCUCAGCGUGCCUAACGGACAGGCUUGGACGCUUCCCCUCUCCUUCAGCGUUCUAUUAACCAUAUUCUUUUACGAUGAGAAUGUGCUUUGGGCUGCAUUUGAUAGAAAGAGCGAGGAAUAG